AUGGAGAGCUCUGGUCAUUUAACGGGUAACUACAAGUGUAAUGGUGAAACCUCAAGUACUACUAAAUGCGUGAAGUGCCCAGAAAAGAGCGUGCUAGAGUCACAUAACGCCACCUAUUGCGAGAAGUGUUUCCUCGCGAUGGUUAAGGGAAAAUUUAGAUCGGCACUCAGCAGACGCAAAGUUUUCAGGGAUAAAGAUUCUCGGAAAGCUCUAGUCAUUUUGGACGGCUCUAGGGAGUCCGCGUUCCUUUUUCGUCAAAUUGAGGACGCUGUGAAGCAGACCAAUUUCAAGCGACUAAUGAUCGAGCCAUCGUUUCUUCUACUUCUCUCUUCGUUGGAUAUUUCGGAAGUACAUUUGGUGGCAAAGAAACUGCCUGUUUUCCAGCAAGCGUUGCCUUGUACGUACUAUGUUGUACAUCUGGCAGCUGUAUUUGGAAAUCUUGAAAUAGACGGCAGUGGCGGUUGCAUCGGCCUCCAAUAUUUAUCAAGGUUGGUCGAGGUUCUCGAUUCAUUCCGCACGACUAUCGCUCGUGAGGAAAUGAUUCGUCUUCUACAGGUACGGCUGAUCCACAAAUUCUCGAAGAGCGUCGGCAUAUCAAAGGUGAUGCUUUCUUCUAACGGUGAUCAGCUAGCUCAUCUAGCGAUAUCACAGCUGUGCCUUGGACGUGAUUCUCGGAAAGCUCUAGUCAUUUUGGACGGCUCUAGGGAGUCCGCGUUCCUUUUUCGUCAAAUUGAGGACGCUGUGAAGCAGACCAAUUUCAAGCGACUAAUGAUCGAGCCAUCGGCAUACUACAUAUUCUUCACUUUUGCCGUUGUCCUCUACAAAAUUUCUUCUACUUCUCUCUUCGUUGGAUAUUUCGGAAGUACAUUUGGUGGCAAAGAAACUGCCUGUUUAUCACCAGCAACUGGUUUUUCUCUUUUUUGUACGUACUAUGUUGUACAUCUGGCAGCUGUAUUUGGAAAUCUUGAAAUAGACGGCAGUGGCGGUUGCAUCGGCCUCCAAUAUUUAUCAAGGUUGGUCGAGGUUCUCGAUUCAUUCCGCACGACUAUCGCUCGUGAGGAAAUGAUUCGUCUUCUACAGGUACGGCUGAUCCACAAAUUCUCGAAGAGCGUCGGCAUAUCAAAGGUGAUGCUUUCUUCUAACGGUGAUCAGCUAGCUCAUCUAGCGAUAUCACAGCUGUGCCUUGGACGUGGAGGUAUGGUGUCGGAUAUGACAGAUGUAGUUGAAAAAACUCCACAAGGAACGGUAUUCAUCCGACCAUUAAGAAGUAUAAGCACAGAAGAGAUCGCGACCGCUUUGCGUUUGGAGGAUGUGGAACACUAUGUGCUAAUUCCACCUGUCACAGUGAGUUUAUGUUUCCAAAUCAUUUUCGUUGAACAAAGUCAUCUAAAGGUAUAA